GUUCUGAAGUUACAUUAUCAAUUUAUAUUCAUGAAGAGUAAAGUUUACUCAAGAGUAGAAUUUAUAUGUUUUUGUAAUUAUAUACAUGCACUUUUAAAAUGAAUUUUCUAGGAUUAAAGAACGGGCGACGAUCGAGUUGCAAUACAGUAAUGAGUGGCUUUCGAUAUUUACUUAUCGCGAUAUUCUUAACGAUAAUCGUUCAGCAAGGUUUCAAUUGGUCGAUAUCACACAGAACAUUAAAUAGAAUUUCGAAAAAUGCACAGGAAAAUGAAGUUUGGCAGGACUACCGUGACAAACGCCAUGGACGCUCACAAUUUUGGCAUAAUUUCACAUUCACCUCCAACGUUAAGAAACAAAUGUGCAGCGACAAGGUAAAAUGGAAAACUAAAGGAAUUUUAGCGGAAGUGACGUCAGAUAUGGAAUACUGGACUUUCGACAAAAGACGGACUUGUAAAGAAAUAAAUAUUAAUAAAGUUGGAACUCGUCCAAAGCGUCUGAAAAUGGAAUUUAUAUGUAAAAACAAUAAAAUAUCUUUUAAAUGGACAAAUGACACAAAUAACAUUUAUACCGCUCCAUUUGGGGAUAAUUGCAUAGAAAGAUUUAUCUCGAGCUGUUGCUAUGGCGAUAAGCUCGUGCCGAAUGUAGUCCAUUAUGUUUGGUACUCGCGAGGCGAGCUGAGCUUCGUUGGAUUCAUGAGCCUGCUAAGUGUGAUUCGGUUUGUGAACCCUUGUCUUAUUAUAUUUCAUGGUGACACCUUACCAAAUGGGAGAUACUGGGAUUUUAUUGUAAAUAUUUCGCCUAACUUGAUUCACUUGCAACGGGAACGGCCAGAAUUCGUUUUCGGACAACGGUUUGGUCAUAAUGAGCACUCUGGGGACAUAAUGCGAAUUGAAGCUCUUCUUCAAUAUGGCGGUAUUUACAUGGAUACCGAUACCGUCCUUGUACGGCCGAUAGACGAGCUACGGCAGUACGCAUGCGUGAUGUCAACACAACUGCGUAGACUGGGUUCAGCAUUUAUCCUGGCAGAGAAGAAUGCGACAUUUUUACAGAAAUGGAUGGACGGGUAUCGCUAUAAAUAUAAUAGGCUUGAUUACACAUACAAUGCUAUGACGUACCCACAGAUCCUCGCCCUAAAAUAUAGCAACUUGAUUCAUGUAGAGAUUGGAACUGCCUCAAGACCUAAGGAUCUGUUUGGUUUUAAGUUUUAUAGCAGACGAUACGAGAUGUAUAAUUGGUCCAAGGUUUACGGAGUGCAUUUAUUUACCAGAGGUUACGGCGGACCUUUAAAUGAAACGACUAUUAGAGACAUGCAUUCACCAUGUGGUUCAGUUAUGAGACAUAUAUUUUAUGGGAAUAAGGAUUUAUGUUUUUAGUCAACAAUUACAGCUUCUUUAACAUCGAGCUCUACAACACAGGGAAUAUACAUGUACUUAAUAAUUAACGCCUGGAGGAUAAACCGUAAUGUGCAGAACAGAGUUAAUACAACUUUUAUAGAUUGUAGUCUAUUUAUUCUACCCGUGGAACCGAAUAAUAUUAAAUAGAGACUCGCUAUCUUUGGGUUCGAAUUGCGCAAGAAAGCGAUAUACCCGGUAUUCGACUUAUGGAAAGUUAGUGAUUCUUUUCAAUUUCCGGCUCGUGUCUUAAGUGAAACUAAAAUGCCAUCAGAAUGAAAAUUACAAUCACAAAGUGGCAUUUACAUAAAUCCCAAACUGUCAUACAAAAUAUUAACCUGUUUGCAUGCUGAUUGUGUGUAAUGAGCUUGUCCUGCUUUAAAAAUGGAGCAGUCCAUUUAAAGUUUAAGGUAUUUUAUCAUCAAUAUACAAAAUCAUUGAGCUACUAACACUAUAAAGCCAUGCUCUUUUUGUGGUAAUGGCUAACCUAUUUGUUUCCAGCAGACGAAGGACUAAAACAAAUGGCUACUAGUGGACGCAUGCCUAUUCACAUUAUAAGGUUUUUAAGUGGCACCAUGGUUGCUAUUUUUUCGUUAAAUGUACGAUAUGGGAGGUACUGGGAUAAAUUUUAACGCAUUUAUUUUCAGACAGAUUGAGAAAGUAGCGGAAGUUUUAAAGUUAUUGUGAAGUUUCUGUGAACAGCAUUAAGCUAUACCGCGCUUUAUUUUAGCUUUUGGUUCUGAUUGUAAAAAGGCUAAAAUUUAAAAUCAUUUUGUACUGAAAUGACGUAACAGGGCUUUUAUGGCAUGACAAAUAAACAAUUGGCUUUGUAAUUCGAACGAAGUAACUGCUUUGGACAAUUGCAUCAGUUACAUUUGAGAGUGCGAUUGUAAAAUCAAACAGUCAUUUUCAUUUGAUUUAAUCUGGUACAUGUAUUAAUUAAGAUUUCACAUUUGUUUAGUAUAAGAUUUACAUUAUUAUGUAUGCCUUUACCAUGCACCAAUCAUUUAUUGUUAUGUAUGUUACUAAGGGUAUUUACUAAUUAUCCUUUAAAAUACCAUAUAGUUGUACUCAUGUCUGUUGUGUAAAUGGAGUGAUAAAAAUACUACUAGCAUUCUUUUUAUAUUUUUACCAUCGGAAUUCAUUAAGACAAGACGUAAUCUUAACCGUUGAAUUUAAUUUUAUUACGGUAACGUAUUUGCGGCAAAAAAGCGCUAACAGCACUUUCAGUGCUUUGAUUAUCCUAACAACUGAGUUAAUAUGGUGGCUGGUUAACGACAUGUUGAAUUGUCGGUAACACAAAGAUACGACAAUG